AUGGCAGGACAAUUUGGAUCACACCAGAAAGGACCCUAUGUCUCAUUCCCCUCCUCUUAUCCUGGGGGUGCUAAUCCUGUAAAGAUUAGCAAGCAUGAAAGCUUGUCAGGAAUGGUUGUCCUGGAGGGCCUGAAAGUCACAAUGGAUGAUGACAAUGGUUGCAGCAUUUCUAGGUGUCAGAAUAUCCAUAAUUGUGUUACAAAGGUCCCCAUAUUUGUUUCAUCGACAUACCUGAUCCCCUCCUCAUACCCCAGGGAUGGCGAUCCAGUAACAUCAGGAGGGGGUGCCAGCUUGCCAGGGAUGGAUGUCCUGGGUGUUAUCAAUGCCACUGAAGACAAUGGAAAUGAUUUCCAGCCUCCCAGAAAGAGCAAGAAAGGAAAGUACAAGUCAGCCGAAGAUGUGGAUCAUAUGCCUGCCAUGGAUGAGAGGGAUAACAUGAGGAAAGAGAUAGCCAAUGAGUUGGAAGCAGCGAAGAAAAUAAUAUCGCAUCUCAAGAAGGCCCUUCAGGUAAUGGAUGCUGAAAAAGAACUGGAGAGAUCGUGGACCGAUGUAGGAGAGUCAUGGAAAGGGAAAGAUGCGUUCUCCCUGCUGUACGGACCUAUAAAUGUCAAAAUAAGGUCGAUUGAAGUGGUACUAGGGGGGACAAACACCACCUCAAGGGAUCCAGCAUGCCCCGAGGGGGAGUGGUCAGACGGGAACAUUGGUAUAUUAUACUAUGUAGUUUACUUGUAUUACAAGACAUGCAAUAGACCUAGUGCAGUCGAGGAAAGAUGGUCGAUUGAAGUGGUCCUAGGGGGGACAAACACCACUUCAAGGGAUCCGGCAUGCCCCGAGGGGGAGUGGUCAGAUGGGAACAUUGACCUAGCAGAGUCAUGGAAAAUGGUUAGUGCACUCGAAAACAGGUCUCGGGGUGUCCCAGUCAAUGUGGACAGGGGCUUCAGUUCUGGAUCAAUGUUCGUCAAUGUUCGGGGGAGGAACACCACUUCAAGGGAUCCAGCAUGCCCCGAGGGGGAGUGGUCAGAUGGGAACAUUGACCUAGCAGAGUCAUGGAAAAUGGUUAGUGCACUCGAAAACAGGUCUAGGGGUGUCCCAGUCAAUGUGGCCAGGGGCUUCAGUUCUGGAUCAAUGUUCGUCAAUGUUCGGGGGACAAACACCACUUCAAGGGAUCCAGCAUGCCCCGAGGGGGAGUGGUCAGAUGGGAACAUUGACCUAGUGCAGUCGAGGAAAGAUGGGGGGACGAACACCACUUCAAGGGAUCCAGCAUGCCCUGAGGGGGAGUGGUCAGAUGGGAACAUUGAUCUAGCAGAGUCAGGGAAAGAUGUGUUUGUCCUGCUGUACGGACCUGUGAAUGUCCAAAUCAGGUCGAUUGAAGUGGUCCUAUGGGGGACGAACACCACUUCAAUGGAUCUGGCAUGCCCCGAGGGGGAGUGGUCAGAUUGGAACAUUGACCUAGCAGAGUCCGGGAAAGAUGUGUUCAUCCUGCUGUACAGACCUGUGAAUGUCCAAAUCAGGUCGAUUGAAGUGGUCCUAGGGGGGACGAACACCACUUCAAUGGAUCUGGCAUGCCCCGAGGGGGAGUGGUCAGAUGGGAUAGUGUUUGUCGGUGUUCGUCCUGCUAUACGGACCUGUGGGGGACGAACACCACUUCAAGUGGUCCAGUGUGCCACGAGGGGGAUUGGUCAGACAGGAACAUUGGCCCAGUGGGCAUACUGGUAUACUAUCUGA